GCCUGACUUAGAUUUGUGUUGUAAACAACGUGGAACAAAUACCGUAAGGCAUGGAAUUCUGAACGUGUUUUACUUAACAUAAUAGCAAUGAUGUUACAGAAGAGUGCUCCUAUGGUCAAUUUUUGCACUCGCAUUGCUCGUCGUUGCCUUUCAAGUCCUGCUUAUCCGUCUUCACCGCUGCAAAUCCCUCGUUUUCAACCUAACGUAGAAUUCAUCUUAGAUCCGCAGAAUCAUCAAUCCAUUAGGGAUAAUAUUCAAAACCGCAAAGGUCAAGGGAAUCUGGAUCAAGUUCUAGAACUCGCCAAGGAUGGAACCGAUUCCAGUUCAUUCAUUUCAGCCGCACAAAAACUGCCCAAUGAGACUCAUCCGGAGUCUUUUGCAUUGGGAGGGAUUCAUAAAGUUGUGCACAAUAUCCCAUUUACCCACGAAUUGACUAAAAACCCGAAAAAACAGAAUUUAAUUCGAUCUUUUGAGUCUUUACUCCGAGGUAACUUUGGAUUGCGGAAUCAAAAUCUGAGCCAUUUUUCCGGCGAACGAUCCUAUUACUUACUGGAUCAACUCGCUCAAAUGGAACAUGCAUUAGUCAACUUCACUGUCGACCGUUUAACUCACGAUUAUGGCUUUGAACUGAUCUCUGUCCCUGAUCUUCUGCAUCCAAGCUUGGUUGAGGCCUGUGGUAUGCCCACACGAGGCCCCAGGACUCAAAUCUACCAUUUGGAAUCAUUUUAUGGUCAACAGGUUCUCAGUGGCACCUCUGAAAUUGCCUUGGCAUCGUUUUUUAUGAAUAAAAGGGUGGAGAAACCUCGGAAAAUGUGCGCAGUGUCUCGAUGUUAUCGAGCUGAAGCCUCGAGAAAAAAGGCUGAAAAGGGCAUCUAUCGGGUUCAUCAAUUCACCAAAGUGGAAAUGUUUGCCGUGGUUCAAGGUGGUUUAGCACCCAGUUCGGAUAUGCUGGAACACUUUGUGGACAUUCAAAAGACUCUCUUUUGUGAUCUGGGCUUGGCCUUUCAAGUGCUACACAUGCCUGCUUAUGAAUUGGGAGCUCCAGCCUAUCAAAAAUAUGACAUUGAGGCCUACUUACCGAGUAGACAAAUCUUCGGUGAAAUCUCAAGCUCGUCCAAUUGCACCGAUUUUCAAAGUCGGCGUUUAAAUAUUCGUGAUGGGCAGAACGGGUUUUGUCACACAGUCAAUGGAACUGCUUGUGCAGUUCCCAGGAUGGUCAUGUCCUUGAUUGAGCAGCUUCAGCAAGCAAAAAUGAAAAUUGAUAUUCCACCCGUGCUCCAGCCUUAUAUGAAAGCCAAUACAUUUUCAGUCAGGCCAAAAUCACAGAGAUUAAGCUUGAAUUAUUACCAAAGCCCCAAACGCUUUCAUAAACCCUCUUGAUUUAAUAUCUCAUUGAUUUUUUUUCUAGA